AUGGUGUAUCCAGUGGCUUACUGUAAGAGCUUGCGCAUGCUGAUUGGCUUUACGGCUGGGACACUGUCACCAGCAAGACGACGGCUGUUCAUCGGGUGGCUGCCGCUCCGACACAGUCACAGUCGUCGUAUUCUCCGACUACCUCGCUUCCUUGGUUCUGCAUGUGACUUUGUAUGCGCCAACGACGAUUUGCCAGAAGAGGCUCCUACGCAGGACUGUCUGGGAGCUACGUCACACUGCGCUGCCGUUGAUCAUCCGUGGGUCUUGAGAGAUCAGCGAGAGCUCGUAGCCACUGUUGGCGCUGCCGUACGAUAG